CACCGGAAGAGGUGGCCGGCGGGCCGGAAGUGGGCUGGGGGCUCCCGGAGCACCGCGGGGGAGAUGAAGCCGGCGGUGGACGAGAUGUUCCCCGAGGGCGCCGGGCCCUACGUGGACCUGGACGAGGCCGGCGGCAGCACCGGGCUCCUGAUGGACUUGGCGGCCAAUGAAAAGGCGGUUCACGCCGACUUCUUCAACGAUUUCGAAGAUCUCUUUGAUGAUGACGACAUCCAGUGAGGCGCAGUGUGUGGUCUAGCCUGUGCUGCGCGGGCGCGUGGUGGAGCCCUCAGGACGGUCUGGGGGGUCUGCAGAACCGACGGGAACACCUGAAAUGAGCUGAUGGUUAACCGAGAAAGGAUGGUUUCGGCCACCUGCUGAGGCCUAUCUGUCUCUGAAUGUGACAGCUGUUGUCCUCCCUUCAAUUAAAAACGAUGUUAUCAG